GAAGAGUCCAAGCAAGGAUGCACCGACAGGGUUUGAAACCCGCGGAGCGGAGCGCGGCGGGCUGCAGCCUUUAACCCUCCGGCAACAUUCACCAGGGGGCAAAAUGCUGAUAACGGUAACACCACCUCAUGAACCUGUCGCUUUCCAGUCACAGGCUCCACCACCACCUAUUCUACCAAAGCCUGGAACAGACAACCUUAAGCUACAGAAGCUCCUGAAAAAAGCAGCAAAGAAGAAAGCCACUUUAUCAGCACAGCAAGCCACAUCAUUCCGGUCCAGUCUGUCUCCUGUAAGUGAAGCCAGCCCAGACUUGGAGCACAAUGAGCGCUCUUCCCCACUCAAGCCAACAGAAACUGAAGCACGCCUCACGAUCAGUCUUCCGCCCCGCUUUUCAAUCAAGCCCAUCAUCCAUCAUGUCCCUUCUCCUUUUCCUAAAGGAAGGCCCUUCACAUUCACAAUUACAGAACAGAGGAGUCUUUCACAGCAUCUCAAGCUCACAGUCUCACCCGCCACAUCUCCACAUCACAGACCGAAAACUCCUGAGUCACUGAGGCAAUCCACAGAGCUUCCAUCAGGCCCAUCUACUCGCUUGUCCCCUGCUUUUGUUUUUCAUGAACAUCCCAUUUCCUCCACUCCUCAAGUGGAGACUCCAGUCGCGGUCACUCAGGUUGCUGAAACCCAUUCCUCUUUUCGUAGCGUGCAAGCACCAAGGGUUAGGUCUCCACUAAUAGGACAGCCGGAGGAAUAUCCAACUAGUGUCCAUUUGCAAACAAACCAUUCAGCCUCACUAUCAAGCCAGAUGUAUGACACAUCUUUUGUACAGCAGCCCAGGCCAGUUACCCCCAAGUUAUAUGUUACUGCGGCCCCUGAGCCUCCCACCAGGAAAAUGAAAACUGAAAUACACCAUGUCCCUAGGCAGUAUACAGUGGUUACAUCCCCAACUCUUCAGCUGGACAGGACUGUGACUCCAGGAAGCAGCAGAAGUCCUGAAUCACACACUGAGGUCCAGAGACAGAUAGGUUCCAACACAUCACAGUACGUGGGGCCAGAAACACUUCUUCCUGCUUCAUCCACUGUCAGUAUGCAUGCGUUCUUGCCAGAAAGGAUAGACCAUCUGGCUGUAUCAUCACCACCACCACCACCACCACCUGUCGCCCAGAGUCCUGCAAGCUCCUCACCCAAGUCAAAGCCGGCAUUACCCCUCAAAAACAAAUUUAGUGGUUGGACUCGCCUCAAAAAACACUUGGUAGUGGAAUCCGAAGUACCUCAGUUCCCAGUUUCAGAAUCUGAACCAGAGCAAGGAAGAGAAAAGACAAUAACUGAAGCCUCAGAAGAUGACCCAGGUCAGGAGAAGAAAGGAACCAAGUCAAAAGCCAUCAAGAUGUGGGAUGCCGUCUUGUACCACAUGACAGUCAACAAGGAAAAAAGGCAACCAGCUGAGGAAAAGGAAAUAAGGAGAGAAGGAAUGUUUUCAUUCCGGCGACGUUUACCACUGCUUCUCCACAGGCCACGCUUUGAUGCCCGGAAGCUUAAAGAGCUGGCUUCCAAACCCAUGACAAAGAUCACUACUCUGUUUGAAGUGCGUCGUAUCCAACGCCAAUCACCUGAAGAAACACAGAUGGGUUUUCAUAGGGCUGCAUCUGGGUGGCAGGUGAAGGAAAGAGAAGAAUAGAAGUUUCCUUGAAAAGAAGAUCAAUAGGCUGAGAGAAUCUGAAAUAAAUCCAGAUUUUACUAAAGCUGCACUUGGGAGGGAAAAAAAUAAAAUC